GCCGCGUGCGCGCUCGCACCGUGAGACCAGGACCCGCGGCCGCAGCCCUCUGGGGCCGCCCCGUCCGCGGCGGCCUAUGGCCGCCGAGGGCCAAGUGGCUGCCACCGCGGAGCGCCUGCGCGCCGCGUUCUGCGGCCUCGGCCGACGGUGCGCGGGCCCGCUGCCGGCGGCCCGGCUCGCCGUGCUCUGCGCGCCGCCGGAGCUGAAGGAGUUGCUGGCGGCGGCGCAGGAGUUCGGGAGCCCGGGAGUCCGGCACCCGAGUCGCCACUGGGCGUUGUCGCGGGCGGGCGGCAUGUGCCCCCCACGCCUCGGGUUGACUCUGGCCCUCGGGCAGCUCGGGCGGCCUGCAGACUCACUCACCAGCACUCGGCUCGAGGAGCAGCUUUGCCCGGUGGAGGCGGCCGCUGCUGCUGGUGGUGCGGGUGCCGCCCUCUGCGCCUCCGAGCGUACAGGGGGGCCACUGCGGGGUCUUCGGGCUCAACCUCUUCUGUUCGGCCGAGGGCGCGGCGGGCGCGCCGACGGCCCCGUGGCUUGACAAGGUCGGCAUCAUCGGCGACGACGAGAUGGUGCGCGAGUGGAGGGAGCAGCACGCGAGCCCGAACUGCGCGGAGGACGGCUGGGAGUGCUUCGCCGCGUGCAGCGAGUUCGACUUCUUCUGCGUGUUACGUGGGGGAGGGGGCGGAGCACGGCGCCACGCGACACAUGGUGAACAACUGCUUCGAGGACGCGCCCUUCACGCCCGCUCCGUUCUCGAACUUCGUGGGCCGCGUUGCGCGGCUCGCGGAGGCCCGGGCGGCGGCGGCGGCGGCUGGCGAGGACGGCUCCGACGACGAGCCCCUCGAGUUUCUGAGCCUGCCUGCGAGCGGGGAGGGCUCGUGGGCCGAGGCGGCUGAGGGUCCACCCGCCACAGCGCAGCGCGGCCACUGCACCUCCAGCGCGUGGGGAAGCA